AUGGAUGGAGAAAACCUCUCUGUUUCAUCCGGCUUCAUCCUCUUGGGCUUCUCUGACGCCCGGGAGCGACAACCCACCACGUUCACCAUUUCCUUAUCCCUGUACGUGUUGGCGGUGCUGGGGAACCUGGUGAUGAUCCUGCUGAUCAACGCCGACCCCCAGCUCCACACCCCCAUGUAUUUCUUCCUGACCCACUUAUCUUUCAUCGAUUUUUGUCUUUCCACCACUGUCGUCCCCAAGGCGCUGGAGACCUUCCUGCUGGGGGGAAGCCACAUCUCUUUUCUGGGUUGCUUUGCCCAGAUUUAUUGUUUCCUCGCUCUGAUCGUCUGCGAGGGCCUCCUCCUGGGGGUGAUGGCUUACGACCGAUACGUGGCUGUGUGCACACCGCUGCUCUAUGCCACCACCAUGUCCAGGGCGCGUUGCCACGGCAUGAUGGUGCUGGUGUACGCCGUGGGCUUCCUCACCUCCCUGGUGCACACCGUCCCGGCGGGGAGGCUGGCCUUCUGCCGAGCCAGGAGCAUCAACCACUUCUUCUGCGAGCUGCCCACCCUCCUGCAGCUCUCCUGCUCCGAUGCCCACAUGAACGAGACUCUCCUGGCUUCCAACGCCGGGGUCAGCAUCGUGGGCUCUGUCCUGGUGAUCCUGGCUUCCUACGCCUGCAUCGUCCACGCCAUCCUGCAGAUCCCUUUGGCCGGGGGAAGGCUUAAAGCUUUCUCGACCUGCACCUCCCACCUGGCUGCCGUCACCGUCUUCUACGGGCCGGGGAUGCUCGCCUACGUCCAGCCUCGCAAAGCGUCCUCGUGGGAGGAGGCAAAGCUGGUUUCGGCGUGCUACACCAUCCUCACCCCCACGCUCAACCCCCUCAUCUACAGCCUGAGGAACAAGGAGGUGACGGGGGCCCUGAGGAGGCUGUGGGUGCGAAAGCUGCUGCCGUGUCUAUCCAGGCUUUGA